UACACACUAUCGUCAACUGCCUUUCAUCUUCUUGACUCAGCUUCCUCCGCCUUCCCAGCAGGAGGAAAAUUUAGCUCACUCCUCUUAUUAUGGCUUUCUCUUCGCCACUAUUCUCUCCCGUUAACUUCGCCUUAAACCCUAACCCUCAAAUUCAUCCUAAAUGCACUAAACCCAACCGCCGGAACUUCUCUGUCUGCGCCAUUCCGCCACUCUCUACUGCAACCGACAUAUCGGCGGUCACCGGUCCGUUGGACGGAACGACUCUCGCCGUACUCGGCGGUGGUUCCGUGGCAGCACUUGCAGCUAUCCUCUCGCUUGCCGACCCCGAACGCCGGCGGCAACUGCAAGCGGAGGAGGUCGGCGGCGGCGACAAGGAGGUGGUGAGAGAGUAUUUCAACAACAAUGGGUUUCAGAGGUGGAAGAAGAUAUAUGGCGACACGGAUGAUGUGAACAAAGUGCAGUUGGAUAUAAGACUGGGACACUCUAAAACUGUUGAGAAUGUGAUGAAAAUGUUGACUGAAGAGGGCUCUCUUCAGGGAGUUACUGUCUGCGACGCUGGUUGUGGGACCGGUUGUUUAUCCAUUCCUUUAGCCAAAGAAGGUGCUGUUGUAUCAGCUAGUGAUAUUUCAGCUUCGAUGGUCGCUGAAGCCCAAAAACAGGCGCAAGAGGAGUUGUUCAAGGAUAAGGAUGACCAGUCCCCGGCACCAGUAAUGCCAAAAUUUGAAGUGAAGGACUUGGAGAGUUUGGAUGGAAAGUAUGACACCGUGGUCUGCUUAGAUGUUAUGAUACAUUACCCACAAAGUAAGGCUGAUGGUAUGAUUGCUCAUCUUGCGUCAUUGGCUGAGAAUCGUUUGAUCCUGAGCUUCGCCCCAAAGACAUUCUAUUAUGAUUUGUUAAAAAGAAUCGGAGAGUUGUUCCCUGGACCUUCAAAGGCUACACGAGCAUAUCUUCAUGCAGAGGCUGACGUGGAGAGGGCACUGCAAAAAGCUGGGUGGAAGAUAAGGAAGAGAGGCUUGAUUGCCACACAAUUUUACUUUGCAAAGCUUAUUGAGGCUGUCCCUGCUUAGGAUUGAAAGCAACUCUUGCUAGUGCAUCAGCAACCUUGUUAAGAGCAACAAUUAAGCUAUCAGUGUGUUCCUUCUGCUGCUCCCUGUCCAGUUGACGGUUGUCGAUUUGAGCAUCAAGUUGUGCAUGAAGCAUAUUGGUGUUUUGCUCCAUAGUUUUCAGCAGUUUAUAUCCCAGACUAGUAGCAAUACAACCAUCUGGUGAUUGUCUUCCUCUCUUCACUCCGUCCUUAAACAUGGAGCGUUUCCAGAAAUCUGAUCCAGGCUGUUCACCUUCAGCUGUACCUGAGAGCAAUACAGAGGAAUGUACUUUACUGUUAAAAUCUUUACGGUAUAGCAUUUAACUAAAGCUGUUAUGGAUAACUUAAGUUGAAUGGUGGCACUUUGAAAUGUGCUAUUAAAUUA